CGAAAUACAUCGAUAAGUAACCACAACCACAAACAAAAGAAUUGUUGCUUUGCGGAUAUAUCGAUCAGCGAGAAUGGAGGAAGACCACUAUAUGAUACUGGGAGUGGCCCAAGAUGCCACCGAGGAGGAGAUCACGAAGGCCUAUAAGCGGAUGGCCCUCAUAUAUCAUCCGGAUAAGAACCAUCACCCCCGAACGGUGGAAUACUUCAAGAAGAUUAGGGCCGCAUUCGAUGUCCUCUCAGAAAGGAAAUUGAGGGCGGACUACGAUCGCAGUUUGAAACGCAAAUCGUCGAAUAUAGUGUCUAAUCCGAGGCCUGCAGGCACCCAUCCAAAUUAUGAGAAUCGCCAGACCAAUCAGCUGGAAACCCCCGACUUACUUCCCACAAUAUGUGCCGUUGGCGGUGUAUUGGUGGGUCUCUUUAUGGGAUUCAGCGCUUUCAAGAUGUUCAACACGGCCAACAACAACUAAGCGGAUCACGACCUGCUCACGCGGACAAUAUCGGCAUGGUACACCAUAUAGCAAUUAGUCCAAACAUGUUGUAAUUAUUCGACUCCAAGGUACAUACAAAUUUAAAUAAAAUUCGGUUAAUUAAAAAAAAAAAAAAAAA